AUGGUUCCAUGACUCUGUGAUUCCUCACCUGCGGCCCUGCUCAGCCGGCACCGGCUGCGGGCCGGCAGCACCGUUCUCCAGGGGAGCUAAAGGAAAUGCCGCCAGGGGAAGGUCACGGCUGACGAACCAACGCGGGCCGGAGCCGCCGAGGCCGGGCAGGGCCCAGGAGGAGAGCUGGAGAUGCCGGCCAGGACCUGGGCCCCGCCGAGCUCCGCUGGGGUGGACACCGGCAUCGCGCCGCCGCCCGCCCGCCUGCCGAGGGGGCACCGGCCUGCACCCGGCGCCCGGCCAGCCGCUCGCCUCGGCCCUCGCCCCAAAUCACUGUAGGUUUGGUGUCUUGGAAGUAUGGAAUCAAUCUCUAUGAUGGGAAGUCCUAAGAACCUCAAUGAAACUUUUCUACCAAAUGUUGCCAAUGGCAUGAAGGAUGCCAGUAAGAUCACAAUAGGCAUCAUUGGAAGUGGAGACUUCGCGAAAUCAUUGACAAUUAGGCUUAUCAGAUGUGGGUACCAUGUGGUCGUAGGAAGCAGAAACCCUAAACUUGCUGCCGAGUUCUUCCCCCAUGUGGUUGAUGUCACUCACCAUGAAGAUGCAGUAGCAAAAACAAACAUUAUUUUUGUAGCCAUACACAGAGAACAUUAUGCCUCUUUGUGGGACCUCAAGCAUUUGCUCACUGGUAAAAUUCUGAUUGAUGUCAGCAAUAAUACAAGAGUAGACCAAUAUCCGGACUCCAAUGCAGAGUAUUUGGCAUCACUUUUCCCAGAUUCCCUGGUUGUCAAAGGAUUCAAUGUCGUUUCAGCUUGGUCACUGCAGUUAGGACCAAAGGAUGCCAGCAGACAGGUCUAUAUAUGCAGUAACAAUGUUCAGGCUCGCCAUCAGGUUAUUGAGCUUGCCCGUCAGCUCAGUUUUAUUCCUAUUGAUUUGGGGGCAUUGUCGUCUUCAAGGGAGAUUGAAAACUUACCUCUGCGACUGUUCACGCUGUGGAAGGGGCCUGUAGUGAUUGCCAUUAGCCUGGCAACGUUUUUCUUCAUCUACUCCUUCGUCAGAGAUGUAAUCCAUCCAUACGUGAGAAAUCAGCAGAGUGACUUUUACAAGAUCCCCAUUGAAAUCGUGAACAAGACUCUACCAAUUGUUGCUAUCACUUUACUUUCUCUAGUGUAUUUAUCCGGACUUAUUGCGGCUGCUUAUCAGCUUUACUAUGGUACCAAGUAUAGGCGGUUUCCACCUUGGCUGGACAACUGGCUCCAGUGUCGAAAGCAGCUGGGACUGCUCAGUUUUUUCUUUGCAACAGUGCAUGUGGCAUACAGCCUCUGCUUACCUAUGAGGAGAUCGGAGCGAUACUUGUUCCUCAAUAUGGCAUAUCAACAGGUUCAUGCAAACGUUGAAAAUUCUUGGAAUGAGGAAGAAGUGUGGCGAAUUGAAAUGUACAUCUCCUUUGGAAUAAUGAGUCUUGGAUUGCUUUCUUUGCUGGCAGUAACUUCCAUCCCUUCAGUAAACAGUGCCUUAAACUGGAGGGAGUUCAGUUUUAUUCAGUCUACGCUUGGAUAUGUUGCUCUGCUCAUAAGUACUUUCCAUGUACUGAUUUAUGGAUGGAAAAGAGCUUUUGAAGAAGAGUAUUACAGAUUUUAUACACCACCAAAUUUUGUUCUUGCACUUGUUCUGCCUUCCAUUGUAAUUCUAGGUAAGAUCAUUUUGCUUUUGCCAUGUGUAAGUAGGAAACUGAGGAGAAUUCGAAGAGGAUGGGAGAAAAGCCAUGUUAUAGAAGAAGCAAGUGGGUCUGUUCCACAUCUCUCCCCAGAAAGGAUAACUGUGAUGUGAUGAUAGACUAAUUUUUGUUAGCAGUGCUGUACAUGUUUGGGUUUGGGUUUUUUUGUCAAAAACUAGUCUUUUUUUAGGAAUUUAGUUAAAGUAUGAGUAAAGUCACUGUGGACUUGCUUGGCAUAUAGUACAAGCUCUCAACCAAACUGAGACAUUUAUAACUAGAAGAAUACUGCUUCAGAUAACUACAAAAACACAUUUGUUUUGAAUUACAGAGGGCAGAUCAUUAUGAAAUCAGAUUUUUUUAAUGCUCCUUUGCACUGUUGUGUCACAAAAGUAUUUUAUUAUAACCAUGCUUUCCAGAUAGUUCUUUGACUUAGAGCAUAUGUGUCACAGUGCUAUUUCAUUUUCUGGGCAGUGUUUCUUUUACUGAAACCACACUUCUGGGUUAGUGAGUUCAGAACAUAGAUUAAUAAAGUUAAUAAUUUAGGAAAUAAUCAGGUUUUGAAACAAAUUAAAUUAAUUUGUAAUGAUGUAUUGCACAUGUACAUUAUAUUUGUGUGUGGGUUUACACCAUUCCAUGAUUUGAAUAUGCAAAACCAGUUUCAGUUAUGGUGUAAUUGUACAUCUUGUAAGCAAAUGGUAUUAUACUAACGGGGUCAUUUUUUUCAAAGUAUCACAUAGGAUUUUAGACCUUUGGCAUCUCUUUCCAUACAUCAUAUAAUGAAAAUUCAAAACAGUGUUAUACAUGUAUAGAAAGACUUGCAGAUAUGUGUCCAAGCAACUAGUUUUUUGAUUUUAGAAUUAUUUUGAAAGACGAGGAAAUAUUUUAAACAAACGAAAAUAAGCUAAGAAAUCUGCAACAACAAAAAUCCAUUUUCACUGAGAAGCUUCCAAUUUGUUGGUACAACAGGGAAGCAUCACAAUACUCAUGUUCUAUAUGUUUCUACACUGGAAUUUCAGUUAUUAUAUAUGAAUUUCCCAGAGUCUGUCUUAAAUUCUCAAUAUCUUUUUGUGCAAAUCCAAUAUUCUAUUUUUAUAUAAAAGUCUUACUUUUACAAGUGUCUCUGGGAUAUGCCUGAAUUUUUGAGAAACAAAAUUAUUAUUCUUAUACUUAAAAAUGUAUUUAUCUCUAAAACUUGACAUUUGCCUUUCCUGUGGGAUUCAAAAGAACGUUCACAAUUAUUUAUUACUACUGCUUUGUCAGAUUCUACUCUUCUCUAACAAAAUAGCCAAACUCAUACAAUCAGGCUACUUAUGCUUAAUCAGCAAAAUCUUUAUUUCAAUGAAUCUGAAUGUGUAUUUGGUCCUAAUUUUCUUUAUUUGUAUUAAAUUAUAUUUUUCUUAUCUAUAUUUGCACUGUUUAGGAUCUCUGAUUUUCUUAGCUGAACCUUCACUUAUUAUUUAUUACUUUGCAAGAAUUUUUCAUUGAUAUGAUACAUCAGAAAUAUACAGUACUUAAACUUUAAUUUAUCCUUAAACAUCGCUAGUCCUGCAAAUCUCAUUAUCUCUGUUUGUAAUAAAACCAACAGCUCCACAGAACAAGAAUAAUAUAGAAUCAAACUCUGUCCCCAGUUACACCAGCCUAAAUCUAAAGAGUUCAUGUUAGUUGUUCUUAAUUUAAUUUCAAAUUCAAAAAAUCUACACCAGUUUUAUUUUCACUGUAGUAUCCAUAUUCCCCAAACCUACGUAUCAAGCCUGUGUAUAUUCUGGGUUUGUUGCAAAUCAAGAGACAGUUGAACUUUCUUUCACUUAAGCACGUUCAAAUCUAGAGAUGAAAAAUAAAAUGUUUGUGGGUUUUUUUUCCAGAAAUAAAGCAAUUUUUUGUGUCUUUAAACAUGUUUUGUAUCAAAUGAGAGGUCAGUGAAUUCUUUUUGAAAAUGGAGGUUUGUGAAAACAUUUUUUUGGAAAAAAAUUUAAACUAUAUUUCAUGCGUGCCAACAGAAAUUUUAGUAGUUUUCUUCAGUUCACAAAUUUUCAGUUCCAAAUAGUUGGAAAACUCAGUUUUAUCCUCUUUUUUAAGCUAUGGGGGAAGCAAUUGGGAAGGGGAGGAAUCAAUUGGAAAGAGAAAACCCUUUUAUUUCACCAUUUUUUGCAAAGUAAACGAUAAUAACAGGUAUAAUUGGUGAGACUAAGAUCUUUGAGACUUUUCUCCAAUAGCUGACAAGUGUCAGAUGCUUCCAAAAAGAGGGCAUGUGUCCAGUGAUUCUUCUCCUGACAUAACCUCUCAGUCUCUUGGAAAUCAAUAAUUUAGGACUUAUUUGAGACAGCUGCUGCCUCUGGGCUAUUGUUUUUAAUAGCUACUUCCUCCAAAAAAUUUAUCUAACUUUUUUAGAAAUUUGAAACUUUCCCAGUUUUUUACAGGAAAAGAAAGGAAAAGACAGAAGGGAAAAAAAAUGCUUAAUAAAUUUAUGAAAUUAAUAAAAAAAGUUUGCAUGCUUUCUUUGUUCCAGAACUAGUCAGUUAGUUUCAAGGUACUAAUUUUAUUGUCCCUCCUCCAAUAUGCAGCUAUUUCAGUGAUACUUGUGGUGAUACACAAGCACAAUACUAUUUUAUGAAACUUUCUAGACAUUAAGUGAAAAACCUGUCAUUGUAGACAGGAGCCUAAACUAGUAAGAAUGAGAUUUUCACAUAAAAAUGAAGAACAAGUGACAAUUAAAAUUUCUAACUUACUUUGCCUGUCCGUAAAUAUAUUCUAAUACAGAAAGCUGUAUAUUUCCUGGAAGGCUUGCAGAAUUAUAUAUAACUUAAUUUCUUGGCCUGUUUCCUAUUCCAUUAUUGCACAGGCGAAACUACACAAUGCUUAGUCAUUUGUGCUUCAAUCCUUUAAAUAAAAUUAAUUUUAAAAAAUCUUAGUAUACACAAAGUCUUGGAGAAUUUUAAUGUGAUAAAUACCAUGCUACAUUCUACCCCAGUCCCAUGCACACAACCUAAUUAAAAUCACUAGAAUGGGAUGGUAUAACUGAGAGCAGAAUUUCACACCUCUGAACAAAUUUAGGGCAGAAACCAUUACUGUUGACAAUCUGAUUACAUUUCAAAAUUAAAUAUGCUGCUAUUAUUUUAUAGUAAUUCUACACUUCUGUUGAACAGGUAAUUAAUAUUCAAGUUCCCUACAGUUAUCUAAUUCAUUUGGUGCAAUAGCGAUAAUGUUGCAGAACUAAGAUACUGUACUAAUAGAAAAUUACUGUCAAAGUCCAUAUGUAUUGUACUGUAAUGCAACCACUGACAGUAUAUACAGACCCUUUCUCCUAUGCAAAAAAAGUUAUUUCAUCAUCAAGUUUCUUCAAGAAUGUUUGAACUGUUCAACUUUGAACUGCCAAAGGUGUCUGGAGAGAAUAAUGGUGUGUUUUCCUUUUUUCAAACUGUGUGUGUAGAAAAUUAAAAACGUGUUUUGAUUUUAUAGGUUACUUGAAAGGUUGAAAUACUGAAGUAUUAAUAAAUAGAUGAUAUUUUUAGAUCAAAUAUGUGAAGACAUUCUGUGAAAUAUUUGUGCUACAAAAUGACAUAUGGUUUCCCGUUAGGCCAUGUAUUUCCUUCUAACUGGAAUAACAAGUUGACUAGUGUUUUAAUAUUUUAUAGAGUUCUUUAAGGACCAAUUCACUCUAACAAGACACUGUUAAGUCUGAAAGUAAAAUGACACUCAUGCAUUUUCUACACAUUAUGUGUCAUAAUCAUGCAUAUGUUUAGUCAUAUAAGGAAUCCUUAUUCAUGUGAUCAAACACAUUGAUUUCUAUAGAAGAACUCACGUAAAGACUUCUCAUUGGAAAAAGAUGUGAGGCUAAAAGUUUAGUUUCAGUUGCCUAAAUAUAAACAACUAAAUUAUUUCAGAUGUCUUAGUUACUUAGGAGAAUAAAUACAUAUUUUGAGGAAUAGCCUGCUAUAAAAAUAUUUUUCUGUAGCUUUAUAUAUAUUGCUUACUGUCUAAUGAAAGAUGAAUAAUGAAAUAAACUGCAUUUCUCUUCAUUACUGUUAAGUAAAAAAAUAGCGCUUAAUAUGUAAUACAGAACUGUACACACCAUAUUAGAAAAUGGAGACCUCUAUGUAUUUAGCAACAGGUUAUUUGUUUUCUGCGGAUAUUAAGGUAUUCUUUCUUUACAUUGUCUAAAAUACAGUUCUAUUACAGGUUCCAUAUGUGUCUUUAAUUUUAUCUUACAAUUCUGUUAACUGUGGCAACUAUGUACAAGGUAAUUAAAUACCCAUGUUCUUGAAUUAUUUAGAGAUCAAUUAUUUUGUAAUUGUUUUGCAAGUUCUUUGUGUAUCUAGCUUGUGGUAAUGGUUACUGCGAAUUGGUGCCAUGUAACUUUUUGUUCCAAAAUUGUGCAUUAUAUGAUGUGCCAAUAUGAGAAAGUAUAUUUGUAUUUUUAUUUGGCAUUAAUUGCCUAUAAACUAGUGUGUCUGUGUGUGUCUAUAUGUUAUUACUUUUACAUGUUCCCCAACUAGCACUAAGGGAAAUUCUUAAUUAAUAUUAGGCUAUGAGUUCCCAAGUGGCUAUAAAUUUCACAGGUUAGAUAUAUCAGGUGAAUAAAAAUUAGAUAGAUUUUUUCAGUGUAAUAUUUUCAUAUAUGCAGUAGUGAUAGAUGCAUAUGCAUAGUUCCUUUCAGACAGUGCAUCUUCUAAUACACAUGUUCUUGAUUUCUUGGCUGUUCAUCCUGUAGUAUUUUAUAUCAAUGUAAUGCGUAAUGUUGCAGUACUGAUAUAGUAUCAGUAUGUGAUACUGCUUGAAUUAAUUAGAUUACAGCCUUUACAGUAAGUGACACAUUGAACUGACUUGAACAACAAUCUCUGUCAUUAUAUAUUGUUUCUCAUGCCUUGCUGGCAGUGUCUUGCAGUGAGCAUAGUAUGUCUCCCAUUUGCAAUAUUCUCUCUGUAGUUGUGUCUGUCAGUUUGUUUGUGCUGUCUCUUUGAACAGGGCUAUUAUAAAUUAUUAGUAAUGCUUUUAUCUAUUUUUCCAUAGACUGUGUUUUACACAAAAAUCAAUAAAAAUUCAACAUCAGG